AUGGAUAAUCACUCUGUCGUGCUCGAGACCAGCAUGGGCGAUAUCCAGCUCGAACUCUACUGGGACCAUGCCCCCAGAACCUGCAAGAACUUCGCUGAACUUGCCAAGCGCGGCUACUACAACGGCAUCGUCUUCCACCGUAUCAUCGCAGACUUCAUGAUCCAGACAGGUGACCCUACAGGAACGGGUCGUGGCGGAACAAGCAUCUACGGACAAAAAUUCGAGGACGAGAUUCAUCCGGAACUUCGUUUCACGGGCGCAGGAAUUCUCGCUAUGGCGAACUCAGGGCCCAAUACCAAUGGGUCGCAGUUCUUUGUCACUCUUGCGCCAACCCCGUACCUGGACAACAAACACACUAUUUUUGGGCGCGUCAGCUCUGGCAUGAGAGUCGUGCAGAGGCUCGGCGCGGUGGGCACCGAUGCACAAGACAGACCCCGAGAAGAUGUCAAAAUCUAUAAAGCGCGCCUGCUCUGA